AUGCGGCUAUCCCCAACACAACUCAAACCUCGACCAACUCUUCGAACAAUUUCGAAGGAGCUAACAUUCGCUUCCAAUCUCGAUGAUUCAAUCGUCGUCGUUGACAAAGCUAGUGAAUAUGUUUCUAUAGGAGAGCCCGACGUUUCGUUUUUUGGUUGCGACGGCGAAGAUGAUAAAACUAGUGCUGAUUAUUACUUCGAUUCUUACUCUCACUUCGGUAUUCAUGAAGAAAUGCUUAAAGAUGUAGUACGAACCAAGGCAUAUCAAAAUGUUAAUUAUCGGAAUAAGUUUCUAUUCCAGAACAAAGUAGUUCUUGACGUGGGAGCUGGGACUGGAAUUUUGUCCCUGUUUUGUGCAAAAGUAGGGGCGGCACAUGUUUAUGCUGUUGAAUGCUCCCAUAUGGCUGACAUGGCUAAACAAAUUGUUGAAACAAAUGGCUUGCCUGAUGGUGAAGUUAAUGAUGGAGUUGUGCUACCAGAUGAAGCUUCUCUUUACUUGACAGCAAUUGAGGAUGCCGAGUACAAAGACGACAAGAUCGAAUAUGAGUAUAAUAGACUGCUAAAUUGA